AUCCUUGUGUUGUAACUUGUAAGAUCUUGCAAGUGAAAAUCUUAUCUACUCCAAACAGAUGACAGUGGCACCUAUUUGUUGUGUCUCUCCUUAGAGGCGUUGUUCCAUCCCAUGCUUCAUACCGUUGUUCAAUUUUAGGUUGUUGCUUAUAUGUUUUAAGUGGAGAAGAGAUACUCAAUUUUUGUGUAGGCUUAUGUGGAAAGAAAAAUCUCAACUAUUUCUUAAGAGAAUGUUGACCAUCUGGUCAAUUGCAUCAGUUUAUCAUUUGUGUUUAUUGGUUAUGUACACCAGUUGAUUUGUGUUCAUAGACAUAUCCCAUGCUUUAGAUGCAAUGUCAUGGUCACCUUAUUUUGUAGGAGGAUGGUAGAGUUUUAUCAACUUUAACCAUCAUAUCUCUCUUCAUGGUAACGGAUGACUAUGCAGUGCCACCAAAAAAGGAAGCAUGGAUGAAGAAGACAAGCAUCAUUGUAUGGUUGAUAGGCUGGGAAAAAGUGCGUGCAAACGUGGAAAAUCUCCUUCCUGCUCAAUCUUGUCCAAGCAUGCUCCAUGAACCUUAAAUCAUCUAGCUAGCACUAGCACGAAACUUAGGUAUUUGGUCGAUCGAGAACAUUGUAUAUAUAAACUGAGUGGCAUUGUUAUAAGUUAAGGUGUGAAUUAGUUGUUGGUACAAAGAAUUGACAGAACUCGGUUUGUUCAAGUUUGAGUUUUUCCUAACUCAACCCUGUAUUUUGUAAGAGCUUUGGACUUGUAUGGAGACAGUCUGCCUCCAUGGGAGCAUGACUCUUUACAGCUCGAAUUCUAUUAUACCUACUGAUCGCCAAAUCAUAAUCCUAGGAUUAGUGAUUGCAAGCUGUGUUUGCAGGAUUUCUUAUUAGCUUUAAGCAAACUCCUUUAGGAUUUUCAUAGAGGAACGAGCAGCUUUACUUUAGUUUGCACUUUUAAACCUUUGCUAAAAAUGUGUGUGUUCAUUGCCAGUGUACUAUGUUUUCUAAAUCUUGCAUGCAAUUCUUUUCUGCAUAAUUAGCACUUGUGUGCACAGAUACAUCUCCGAUCCAUAGCCUAGCAAGCUUCUCUCUACACAUAUACCUAACCCAAGUAGACAAGUACUGAAAUGCUCAUCAUGUGUAUGCAUCUAUCAAGUGGCAAUAGUAAAAUCAAAUUUCCUUUACUUGCAGGCACUUGAAAGCAUAUGCCCCUCUAUUAAACUUUUACAUCUCAAAGUUACUGUCUUUCUGGUACGCAUGAGCCCCGGAUCUUCUUUUCUACCUCUCACUAUAGCUAGAUAAUUAGAUGCGAUCAUGUGUGCAUGUCAGCAUAUAUGCACUUGGUUAGUUUACUAGAAAGUGUGAUUAGUGCAUCCUAAGCUAACUAUAGGGCCCAGUGAUAACAUUUGCUAAUGAAAGCAGCCAUGCAAGUUGGCAGCUUCUUUUUAAGGGAAAUGGGGUCGCUCCUUAUAAACACUUGUACAUGGAUGGCCUCAUGCGUGGGCAAGUGGUGUGCUCUUUGGAGACGAAUUCUAGAGCACAUAUAUAUAUGGGGAGCUGCCUUGAGCUUCUUGCUUGAUUGGUGUAUCUGCCUAACCUUACCUGCUCAUCCUUACAAGAAGGUUGAUCAGGUGAAGCAUGAGAUGGAGCUUUACCCUGGAUAUCUCCAAGACCAUUUCAACAUCCACAAACUCAGUCGCCUGGCGACGAGCGGCGCCGCACCGGGCCGCUACGUGACCUCGGGACCCGCCGUCGGCGGCGGGGCCACGGCCAUGGGGAUCUACGAGCGGCAGCGCCACCUGGUGGCGGCCGGCGUGUCCGUGUGGGGGGAGCCGUUCCGGCCCGACGCCGACGCCCUGCCCCUGUCCGCGGUCGUCCCCACGGUCACCCUGGCGACGCCGCCGGCGCCGCCGCUUGACGUCGUCGAAGCAGAGGAAGUCAAGUUCGGCAAACACCAGCUGUUACAGGCACAGCAGUACGACUUCCCGCCGCAGGUGGAAGAAGAAGCGCCGCCGCCGUCGUCGGAUAGCUUCGGCCACGACCACGACGACGACGCCGCCCGGCCAAGAGACAAGAUUCAGAGACGCCUCGCGCAGAACAGAGAGGCAGCUCGGAAGAGCCGGCUCCGGAAGAAGGCGUACAUCCAGAAUCUCGAGACGAGCCGGAUGAAGCUGGCGCAGCUGGAGCAGGAGCUCACCAUGGCCAGGCGCCAGCAGCAGCAGCAGCAGCACGGCGCGUACGGCGUUGGAGGAGGAGGAGGAGGAGUCGCGGCGGCGGCGGGCGCGGACCCGCGGGUGGCCGCGUUCGAGCUGGAGUACGCGCGCUGGGUGGAGGAGCAGGGGAGGCAGGCGACGGAGCUGCGGGCGGCGCUGCAGUCGCACGCGCCGGAGGUGCAGCUGCGGGUGCUCGUCGACGCCGGGCUGGCGCACUACGGCGCGCUGUUCCAGGCCAAGGCGCAGGCGGCGCGGUCCGACGCCUUCUUCGUGCUGUCGGGGGUGUGGCGGGCCCCCGCGGAGCGGUUCUUCCUCUGGAUCGGCGGGUUCCGCCCCUCCGAGCUGCUCAAGGUGCUGGCGCCGCGGCUGAACCCGCUCAUGGACCACCAGGCGGCCGAGGUGCGCAAGCUGCAGAACACGGCGAGGCAGCUGGAGGACGCGCUGUCGCAGGGCAUGAGCAAGCUGCAGCAGACGCUCGUCGACGCCCUCAUGACCGUCGACGUCGCCUCGCCGCUCGGCGCCGGCGGCGGGUACGCGGCGCAGCAGAUGGCCAGCGCCGUCGGCAAGCUCGCCGACCUCGUCGACUUCGUGGACAAGGCGGACCAUCUCCGGCAGCAGACGCUGCGGAACAUGCACAAGAUCCUGACGCCGCGGCAGGCGGCGCGGGGCCUGCUCGCGCUCGCGGACUACGGCCAGCGGCUGCGCGCGCUCAGCUCGCUCUGGGCGGCGCGCCCGCGGGAGCCGGCGUAAGUGUAACGGAACACCCCCGCGACGGCGACGGCGACGGCGACGGAGAAGAGGAAGCGGCAUUACAGGCACGUGCGCGCGUGGUUGGCUUUGGCUGCCGCCCCGGACGGCCGGCGGAGCAAGGCUGCGGCGGUCAGUGCCUCAGUCUCCUCUCCUUCCAGCUCUGCAUCUGGUAUUCUGGUACGGGCAACCGGCGUGUUCUUCUGUUGGCUCUCAGGAUGAAACCUGAAUCUUCUAAUGGUGUUACAGUUACAGCAGUGAAUUAGGCUUUGAAUUUGAUUGACAGAUCAAAGAAGUUAAUUACAAGUGUAAAUACAGUAUACAAAGUUGUUUGGGUAGGAGUAGGACAGGCUUUUAUUGUUCAGUUGCUCUUGUCUCGGUCAACCUGUAAACAGAUCAUGCGAAAGAUGUACAAUGAACAAUCUAUGGAGUGUUAACACAGGCUUGUAUGGCAACUA